UCACAUGUUUGUUAAUGUGCUUUAAAUUAAAUUGUGUUUACGGUUUUGUUUUAUUAACUUUGUCUGCUAAAUUGUUUAAGUUUGUCUGUUUAAUUGUUUUAAUUUAUUGACUUUCAUCAUGGGUCGUAAGGCUAAGUAUGAUGAGAAAAGAAGGAUUAAGAAAAAACCCCGAGAACAAAAGAGACAAGGAGCUCCUGAGCUUCCGUUUGAGGUUCCACAUGAUCCGAGGCCUGUUGCUAAAAAACUCCAAGAUCAACUAGACAUUGUAAAGGCGAAAAUAAAAGCUAAACAAGCGGCCAAGAAAAAGUUGAAAAUGAAAUUAGAACCAGAGAUUGAUGUUGAUAAAGAGCUUGAAGAUGAUGAGCAGCAAGCUAUCAAGCCUAAGCCUUCAAUUAAAGAGAAAAAGAUUAAGAUGACAAGGAAAAUGAAAAAGAUGCGAAUCAAUGAACGACGGUUAGAGAAGCAAUCUGAAUUGAAGUCUGGUGGUCAAAAUGAAGAGAAGGAGCAAGUGGAAGAAUUAGAAGCCGAGGAAGAAGAGGAAAAAGAAGAAGAAGCACCACAACCACCGCCACAAACAAAGAAGAAUAAAGGAAAAGAUAAAUUGGAGAAAAAAUCAAAGAAAAUGAAAAAAAUGGCGACUUUCCAAGCAAAUGAUGAGCAACACGAAGAUGACGAAGUCCAGGACAUGGCUUCCGAUGAAGAAAAGGACCAAAAAGACAACUCUCAUACCACCAAACCCGAGGACGAUGAAUUUGAUGAUGAAGAUGAUGAGUUCCCCCAGUCUCAGAAUGGAAUGCAAUCGAUAAGCCAAGAGCCGAUGGGAAUGUACGACGAUGGCUAUGGAUUAUUUCAACUUCCUUCCAAAGAAGAGAUUGAACAAAUGGAUCAAACUAUGGGCUAUCAGACAACCUCAUUGAAAGAGAGAAUCGGAGAGAUUAAUUUUAUAUUAGCCAAUUUCAAUGAGAGAAGACAAGCAGGAAAGCAAAGAAAAGAAUACUUAGCCGUUCUCAAGCACGAUCUUUGUGCUCUUUAUGAUUAUAACGAAUUUUUAAUGGAAAAAUUCAUGGAAUUAUUCAAACCAACUGAACUUCUUCAAUUCAUUGAAUCUUCCGAAGCCCAGAGACCUGUGACCAUCCGAACGAACACUCUGAAAACCCGUAGAAAAGAUUUAGCCCAAGCCCUAAUCAAUCGUGGGGUAAAUUUGGAUCCUAUCGGUGAAUGGUCAAGAGUUGGUUUGGUCAUCUAUGAUUCUCAGGUUCCUAUCGGAGCUACUCCUGAAUAUCUAGCUGGACAUUACAUGUUACAAGGAGCCGCUUCGUUAUUACCCGUCAUGGCUUUAGCUCCCAAAGAGAAUGAGAAAAUAUUAGAUAUGUGCUCAGCUCCCGGAGGUAAAACGACCCAUAUCGCAGCGAUCAUGAAAAAUACUGGAACACUGUUUGCCAAUGAUUCUAAUAAAGAUCGUGCCAAAGCAACUAAGGGUAAUAUUCAUCGAUUAGGAAUCAAUAAUUGUAUACUUAGUGCUGUUGAUGGACGCAAAUUUCCUCCCAUCAUGAAAGGUUUUGAUAGGGUUUUGUUAGAUGCACCUUGUAGUGGAACUGGAGUUAUAUCAAAAGAUAAUGCUGUAAAGAGUAUGAAGGAUUCAAAUGAUGUUCAAAGAUGUUGUACUUUACAGAAGCAACUUAUUCUCGCAGCGAUUGAUUGUUUAGAUGCCAAUUCUCAGAGUGGUGGAUAUUUAGUUUAUUCAACUUGUUCUGUAUUGGUUGAAGAAAAUGAAUGGGUAGUUGAUUAUGCUAUUAGAAAACGUAACGUGAAAUUAUGUCCAACUGGAAUUAAUUUUGGUCGCGAGGGUUUCACAAGGUUCAGACAUAGGAGAUUUCAUCCAUCACUUUCAUUGACAAGACGAUUUUAUCCUCAUGCACAUAAUACUGAUGGUUUUUUCGUGGCGAAAUUGAAAAAGUUUUCAAAUUCCAUUCCAAUUCAGCAGACUAAAGAAAAACAGGAGAAAAAGAAUAAGAAUAAAAACAAAGAUGGCGAAGACCAAGAUGAAGAAGAUUCAGAUGAUGAUGAUGAUGAUGAUGAUGAUGAUGAAGAUGAAGAUGAAGAUGAAGAUGAAAAUGAAAAUGAAAACGAAGAUGAAGAUGAAGAUGAGAAUGAGAAUGGGGAUGAGGAUGAGGAUGAGGAUGAUGAUGGAGAUGGAGAUUGAGACGAUGAUAUUGAUUAACAUAUUUUGUAAAAUCUUUUCAAUUCAUGUUUAAAAUAAAGGAAAAAUUUAUUGACUUCA